GCGGGUGGGUGUCAAACAGCAACAGUUUCACCAGAGACUCCACGCGCAGAACACAGAAGGAGGAAGUCACCUAUAACCGGAGACUGGAACGUGAGCAAAGAACAGCGAUUUACCAGUGUGCUGUCAAACACACAGGGCAGACACACGCACCCUCUGGAGUAUGGCCGUGACUGCUGCCAACGGGAUUCUCAAGCACAAUUCAAAGCACAAAAGCCCCCAAAGCGAAGAAGUUAAAGUGAAUGGAUUUCACAAAAAGAUCCAGAAAAAUGGCCCAGAGAACGGUGUCGCCUCCAGGCAGCCCAGACAUGAGGCGUUUGAGCAGGCCCCCAUGUACGUGGCUGUCAUGACUUACCUGGGUUUCGGCUUGGUUACCCUUUUCGGCUACUUCAGAGAUUUCCUCAGGGCUGUGGGCUUAGAGAAGUGCCACCUUGCCCAGGAGAGACCUGAGCAGAAGGAUUUUGUACCUCUAUAUCAAGACUUUGAAAACUUCUACACUCGUAAUUUGUACAUGAGGGUUCGUGACAACUGGAACCGUCCAAUAUGCAGCCUGCCUGGACCUGUGUUUGACCUCAUGGAGAGAGUGUCUGACGACUACAACUGGACAUUCAGGUUUACCGGGAGGACCAUACCCAAUGUGAUCAAUGUGGGCUCAUACAACUACCUUGGUUUCGCAGAAAACAAUGUGGAUUUCCUGAAAACGGUAGCAGAGAGGAUACAGCAGUAUGGUGUUGGUGUGUGCAGUACCAGACAGGAAACAGCAAACCUGAGUCUGCACCAGGAGCUGGAGCAACUGGUGGCCAAUUUCCUUGGAGUGGAGUCCUCCAUGACCUUUGGAAUGGGGUUCGCCACAAACUCAAUGAACAUCCCUGCACUUGUAGGGAAGGGCUGUCUGAUCCUGAGCGAUGAGCUGAACCACACAUCCCUCAUAUUAGGUGCCAGACUGUCUGGAGCAACCAUACGGGUGUUCAAACACAACAACAUGCACAGUUUAGAGAAGAUGCUUAGAGAGGCAAUUUGUUCAGGGCAACCUCGAACUCACAGACCCUGGAAGAAAAUCCUUAUCAUGGUGGAAGGCAUCUACAGCAUGGAGGGGUCAGUAGUGCGGCUCCCGGAGAUCAUCGCCCUAAAGAAGAAGUACAGAGCGUACCUGUACUUGGACGAAGCGCACAGUAUCGGAGCAGUGGGGCCAACGGGCAGAGGCGUCACCGAACUCUUCAAUGUGAACACUGCAGACGUGGACAUCAUGAUGGGCACUUUCACUAAGAGCUUUGGAGCGGCCGGAGGAUACAUCGCAGGCAGAAAGGUGCUUGUGGACUACCUGCGCAGACAUUCCCAUAGUGCUGUCUAUGCCACCGCCAUGUCCCCUCCUGUCACCGAACAAGUUAUCCGGGCCAUGAAGUGCAUUAUGGGAAAAGAUGGGGGCAAUGAAGGGAUGAGACGUGUGCGCCAGCUGGCAGAAAACACCAGGUACUUCAGGGCCAGACUCAAGGAGAUGGGCUUCAUCAUCUAUGGAAACGAUGACUCACCUGUGGUCCCCAUUCUGCUCUACAUGCCCGGGAAAGUGGUUGCCUUCGCUCGGGAGAUGUUGGAGAGGAGGAUCGGGGUGGUGGUAGUGGGUUUCCCUGCGACUCCCAUCACUGAGGCCCGCGCUCGCUUCUGUCUGUCUGCGUCCCACACCAGAGACAUGCUGGACAAGGUGCUGUACCAUCUCAAUGAAUUGGGUGACCUGCUCUGUCUGAAAUUCUCACGGCGGAGACAUGCCCCGCGGCACGACCUUUACGACGAGACAGACUUCGAGAUUGACGGCUGAGGCGCGACCUAUGACCUUCGCUCCACUGUGUCAAACCAAAGUGUGUGCAAACAGCCGCGUUCGGGUCCGUGUAUGGCAGCUGUAUCUGUAAGACACUAAGAGCCAUACAAGGCCACUGAAAAAUUUACCUCUACAGGCACAUUUUAUGGAGUUUAUUUUUAUAUAUUUGUACAGUUGCAAAUUUCAAAUGUACGCACAGUUUUACAUCAGAUUUCACAUUUUUUAUAAAACCAGCUUUUAAUAAAUGUUAAAUGUUGUAAGUAACAGUUGUGAUAACUACUCACUAUAAAUGAUUUGUUCAAAACUAAAGUAGCAAUUGUUUUCGAUAUUGGAUUAAUGCUGCUUAAUAGUGGAAAGUUAUUACAAAGUGUUACCAAAUUGUGAAAUAUUUAAAGACUGAUUUAUAAUGUGACCAAAUGUACAAAAUGUAAAUAUGUUUGUUAAUGUUUUUAUGCACAAAUUAACUUAAAACUUGAUUAAUUGUAAGCUAUUGUCUUACAUUGACCCUCAUGCAUCACCAUAUAUAAUUAAGUACCCCGAUGUAAAAAAUAAAUCACAAUACAAUACAUACAAUAUAUCCUGCUGCUAUUCCUUCACUCACAAGAUAUUUAGUGUGAGCAAAAGAUUGGAAAAUGUGUUAUUUUGAUGAUGUUUUAAAGACUUAUUUGUCUCCCUCACAGACAGACUCAGAGCUGUGAAGAUAAGCAUGCUGGGUAUGCAGGCACCUGAGCCAACAGAAACCUAACCUAGCAAUUAGCGCUACUCUCCAAAUUCUAGUGGUAUGGGGUAAUGAUUUGAUUAACAAAGAAAGGUUAAAACGUGGAUGAUAAAUGCAUUUUACAGAAAGGACCCAGUCUGCACUUGUUUGGUCUCCGUGCGUUGCCAUGUUUGUGUGUUUUCCUUUGUGUUAACUGCAUGGUGAUACAUAACAUGAUACAUAACUUUACAACAAUAUGAAAUGCAAGACUCUAUCUAUACAUUUUAAGGAAUAAUUUUGUUGUUGACCAAAUUUAAAAAGUUUUUCUACAAAGUCUGUACAAUGUGUAGAAAUUAUUAAUAAAAAGAAGGUUCUAUUCACAUUUA